CUGAGUGUGAAGGCAGCCGCGCGCGCACGUGGAGCGGGAGCUUGCACAGGCACGCGCAGAGCCUAGCCGGACUUGAGUGGACUUACGACACAGGUGGCCAUAUUGCUCUCCUAGACCCAAGACAAGAUGCCUCAUCGAAGCGGUCAGGAGGACCCGGAGCGCUACCUGUUUGUGGACCGCGCCGUGGUCUACAACCCCGCCACGCAGGCCGACUGGACGGCCAAGAAGCUGGUGUGGGUCCCCUCGGAGCGCCACGGCUUCGAGGGGGCCGGCAUAUGCGAGGAGCGCGGCGAGGAGGUCCUGGUGGAGCUGGCGGAGAACGGCAGGAAGGUGUCGGUCGGCAAGGACGACAUCCAGAAGAUGAACCCGCCCAAGUUCAGCAAGGUGGAGGACAUGGCCGAGCUCACCUGCCUGAACGAGGCCUCGGUGCUGCACAACCUGAAGGACCGAUACUACUCCGGACUUAUUUACACAUACUCGGGCUUGUUCUGCGUGGUCAUCAACCCCUACAAGAACCUGCCCAUCUACUCGGAGAACAUCAUCGAGAUGUACCGAGGGAAGAAGAGGCACGAGAUGCCGCCUCACAUCUACGCCAUCUCGGAGUCGGCGUACCGCUGCAUGCUCCAAGAUCGUGAGGACCAAUCCAUCCUUUGCACAGGUGAAUCCGGUGCCGGCAAGACGGAGAACACCAAGAAAGUGAUCCAGUACCUGGCCCAUGUUGCUUCUUCACACAAAGGACGCAAAGACCACAACAUUCCUCCAGAAUCUCCCAAAGCGUUCAAGCUCCAGGGCGAGUUAGAACGCCAGCUCCUCCAAGCCAACCCCAUCCUAGAGUCCUUUGGUAACGCCAAGACGGUGAAAAACGAUAACUCGUCUCGCUUUGGCAAGUUCAUCAGAAUCAACUUUGAUGUUGCGGGCUACAUUGUCGGAGCCAACAUUGAAACCUACCUUCUGGAAAAGUCUCGGGCCAUCCGGCAGGCCAAAGAUGAAAGGACUUUCCACAUUUUCUACCGCCUGCUGGCAGGAGCCGGAGAACAUCUCAAGACGGAUCUUCUCCUGGAAGACUUCAACAACUACCGCUUCCUGUCAAACGGCAACAUUCCCAUCCCCGGCCAGCAGGACAAGGAUAAUUUCCAGGAGACACUGGAGGCCAUGCACAUCAUGAGCUUCUCCCACGAUGAGAUCGUCUGCAUGUUGAAGGUGGUGUCAGCAGUCAUGCAGUUUGGCAACAUUGUCUUCAAGAAGGAGAGGAACACAGAUCAGGCCUCCAUGCCCGAGAACACAGCGGCACAGAAGCUCUGCCACCUGCUGGGAAUGAACGUGAUGGAGUUCACCAGAGCCAUCCUCUCUCCCAGGAUCAAGGUGGGCCGGGACUACGUGCAGAAAGCCCAGACCAAGGAACAGGCCGACUUUGCUGUGGAAGCUUUGGCCAAAGCCACUUAUGAGCGACUGUUCCGCUGGCUGGUGCACCGCAUCAACAAGGCCCUGGACCGGACUAAGCGACAGGGAGCCUCUUUCAUCGGCAUUCUGGACAUCGCUGGCUUUGAGAUUUUUGAGCUGAACUCCUUCGAGCAGCUGUGCAUCAACUACACCAACGAGAAGCUGCAGCAGCUCUUCAACCACACCAUGUUCAUCCUGGAGCAGGAGGAGUACCAGAGGGAGGGCAUCGAGUGGAGCUUCAUCGACUUCGGUCUGGACCUGCAGCCUUGCAUAGACCUGAUCGAGAGGCCGAACAACCCCCCUGGGAUUCUGGCCCUGCUGGAUGAAGAGUGCUGGUUCCCCAAAGCCACGGACAAGACCUUCGUGGACAAGGUGCUCCAGGAGCAAGGCACGCACACCAAGUUCCAGAAGCCCCGUCAGCUGAAGGACAAAGCCGACUUCUGCAUAAUCCACUACGCAGGGAAGGUGGACUACAAAGCCGACGAAUGGCUGAUGAAGAACAUGGACCCCUUGAACGACAACGUGGCCACGCUGCUGCACCAGUCCACGGACAAGUUUGUGGCCGAACUCUGGAAAGACGUGGACAGAAUCGUGGGCCUGGACCAAGUGGCCGGCAUGACCGAGACGGCGUUUGGCGCGGCCUACAAGACCAAGAAGGGUAUGUUCCGCACCGUGGGCCAGCUGUACAAGGAGCAGCUGUCCAAACUCAUGGCCACGCUCAGGAACACCAACCCCAACUUUGUGCGCUGCAUCAUCCCCAACCACGACAAGCGGGCUGGCAAACUGGACCCCCACCUGGUCCUGGACCAGCUGAGAUGUAACGGCGUCUUGGAAGGCAUCAGAAUCUGCAGGCAGGGUUUUCCCAACCGCAUCAUCUUCCAGGAGUUCAGACAGAGGUACGAGAUCCUGACUCCUAACGCCAUCCCCAAGGGCUUCAUGGACGGCAAGCAGGCCUGCGAGAGAAUGAUCCAAGCCCUGGAGCUCGACAACAACCUGUUCCGUAUCGGCCAGAGUAAGAUCUUCUUCAGGGCGGGAGUCCUGGCCCACUUGGAGGAGGAGCGAGACCUGAAGAUCACCGACAUCAUCAUUUACUUCCAGUCCGUUUGUCGCGGCUAUUUGGCACGCAAAGCCUUCGCCAAGAAGCAGCAGCAGCUGAGCGCUCUGAAGGUUCUCCAAAGAAACUGUGCCGCCUACCUGAAGCUGCGCCACUGGCAGUGGUGGAGAGUCUUCACCAAGGUGAAGCCCCUGCUGCAGGUGACCAGGCAGGAGGAGGAGAUGCAGGCCAAAGACGAGGAGCUGGUCAAGGUGAAGGAGAAGCAGACCAAGGUGGAGGGCCAGCUGCAGGAGAUGGAGAGGAAACACCAGCAGCUGGCGGAGGAGAAGAGCGUCCUGGCCGAGCAGCUGCAGGCCGAGACCGAGCUGUUCGCCGAGGCCGAGGAGAUGAGAGCGCGCCUGAGCACCAAGAAGCAGGAGCUGGAGGAGAUCCUUCACGACCUGGAGUCCAGGCUGGAGGAGGAGGAGGAGCGCGCCCAGGGCAUGGUGGCCGAGAAGAAGAAGAUGCAGUCUCACAUCCAGGACCUGGAGGAGCAGCUGGACGAGGAAGAAGGUGCAAGGCAGAAGUUGCAGCUGGAGAAAGUGACAGUUGAAGCCAAAACCAAGAAAUAUGAAGAGAACAUUUUGCUGUUGGAGGACCAGAACUCCAAGUCUGCCAAGGAAAAGAAACUGAUGGAGGAUCGGAUCAACGAGAUGACCCUCAUGCUUGCCGAGGAGGAGGACAAGGCCAAGAACCUGGGCAAGGUCAAGAACAAGCAAGAGAUCAUGAUGGUGGACUUGGAGGAGCGGCUGAAGAAGGAGGAGAAGACCCGUCAGGAGCUGGAGAAGUCCAAGAGGAAGCUGGACGCCGAGACCUCGGACUUGCAGGACCAGAUCACGGAGCUCCAGGUCCAGAUAGAGGAGUGCAAGGGUCAAAUGGUGAAGAAAGAAGAGGAGCAGCAACUGCUUCAGACCAGGGGAGAAGAUGAGGUCAACCAUAAGAACAAUGCUCUGAAGCAAGUGCGGGAGCUGCAGGCCCAGCUGUGCGAGGUGCAGGAGGACCUGGAGUCUGAGAAACAGGCCAGGAACAAGGCCGACAAGCUGAAAAGAGAUCUGAGCGAAGAGCUGGAGGCUCUGAAGACCGAACUGGAGGACACGCUGGACACGACCGCUGCUCAACAGGAGCUGAGGACCAAGCGUGAGCAGGAAGUGGCAGAACUGAAGAAGGCCAUCGAGGAGGAGACCAAAACCCACGAGGCUCAAAUCCAGGAGAUGCGACAGAGGCACGCCACGUCCUUGGAAGAACUGUCCGAGCAGCUGGAGCAGGCCAAGAGGUUCAAAGCCAACCUGGAGAAGACCAAGCAGAGCCAGGAGAGUGCCAACAAGGAGCUGGUGGGGGACGUGAAGAACCUUCAGCAGGCCAAGACCGAGUCGGAACACAAGAGGAAGAAACUGGAGGCGCAGCUGCAGGAAGUGACGGCCAGGGUCGGCGAGGGGGAGCGCAGCAAGGCGGAGCUAACGGAGCGUGCGCACAAGCUGCAGACCGAGCUGGACAACGUGUCGGCCAUGCUGGAGGACGCCGAGAGAAAAGGCAUCAAGAUGACAAAAGACGUUGCUGGACUGGAAAGCCAACUCCAGGACACGCAGGAGCUUCUCCAGGAGGAGACUCGCCAGAAACUGAACAUCAGCAGCCGCACGCGGCAGCUGGAGGAGGAGAAGAACGCCCUCCAGGAGCAGCAGGAGGAGGACGAGGCGGCUCGCAAAAACCUGGACAAGCAGUUGCUGCUCCUCCAGGCUCAGCUCUCGGAGAGCAAGAAGAAGCUGGAGGAGCACGCCGGGACCGUCGAUGGUCUGGAGGAGGCCAAGAAGAAGCUGCUGAAGGACGCUGAGCUGUCGGCCCAGCGUCUGGAGGAGAAGACCAUGGCUUUUGAGAAGAUGGAGAAGACCAAGACCCGUCUGCAGCAGGAGCUGGAUGACCUGACCGUUGACCUGGAUCACCAGAGGCAGACCGUGUCCAGCCUGGAGAAGAAACAAAAGAAGUUUGACCAGAUGCUAGCCGAGGAGAAGAGCAUCUCGGCCCGCUACGCGGACGAGCGUGACCGGGCCGAGGCCGAGGCGAGGGACAAGGAGACCAAAGCUCUGUCCGUGACCAGAGCGCUGGACGAGGCUCUGGAGGCCAAGGAGGAGCUGGAGCGGGCCAACAAGCAGCUCCGUGGCGAAAUGGAGGACCUGAUGAACUCCAAGGACGACGUCGGCAAGAACGUGCACGAGCUGGAGAAGUCCAAGCGCACUCUGGAGCAGCAGCUGGAGGAGAUGAAGACCCAGCUGGAGGAGCUGGAGGACGAGCUGCAGGGCACGGAGGACGCCAAGCUGCGCCUGGAGGUCAACAUGCAGGCCACCAAGGCCCAGUACGAGCGGGACCUGCAGGCCAAGGACGAGCAGAACGAGGAGAAGAAGAGGGCGCUGGUCAAGCAGGUGCGGGAGAUGGAGGCGGAGCUGGAGGACGAGAGGAAGCAGAAAGCUUUGGCCGUGGCCGCCAAGAAGAAGCUGGAGAUGGACCUGAAGGACGUGGAGGGGCAGAUCCAAGGAGCCGGCAAGGGGCGGGACGAAGCCAUCAAGCAGCUGCGCAAGUUACAGGCCCAGACCAAGGACUACCAGAGGGAACUGGAGGACGCCCGGGCUUCCCGGGAUGAUGUCUUUGCGCUGGCCAAGGAGAGUGAGAAGAAGCUGAAGAGUCUGGAGGCGGAGGUCCUGCAGCUGCACGAGGACCUGGCGGCGUCAGAGAGAGGACGACGGCACGCCGAGCAAGAACGAGACGAGCUCCAGGACGAGAUCUCCAACAGCGCGUCUGGGAAAUCAGCGCUGAUGGAUGAGAAGAGGAGGCUGGAGGCUCGCAUCGCUCACCUGGAGGAGGAGCUGGAAGAAGAACAGGGAAACAUGGAGCUUCUCAACGACCGCUUCAGAAAGAGCACCAUGCAGGUGGACUCGCUGACGGCAGAGUUGAGCGCGGAACGCAGCGCGGGUCAGAAGAGCGAGAACGCCCGGCAGCAGCUGGAGCGGCAGAACAAGGAGCUGCGGGCCAAGCUGGGCGAGCUGGAGGGCUCGGUGAAGAGCCGCUUCAGAGCCUCCAUCGCCGCCCUGGAGGCCAAGAUCCUGCAGCUGGAAGAGCAGCUGGAGCAGGAGGCCAAGGAGCGAGCUGCCGCCAACAAGCUGGUGAGGAGGACGGAGAAGAAGCUGAAAGAAAUCUGCUUGCAGGUGGAGGACGAGCGCCGCCAUGCAGACCAGUUCAAAGAACAGGUGGAGAAGGCCAACUCGCGCAUGAAGCAGCUGAAGCGUCAGCUGGAGGAGGCAGAAGAAGAAGCCACCAGGUCCAACGCGUCACGCAGGAAGCUGCAGAGGGAGCUGGAUGACGCCACUGAGGCCAGCGAGGGUCUGAGUCGGGAGGUCAACACGCUGAAGAACCGCCUCAGGCGUGGAGGUCCCAUCAGUUUCUCCUCCAGCCGCUCAGGCAGACGUCAGCUUCAGGUGGAGGGAAGUUCCUUGGACCUGGUGUCGGACGAGGAGCAGGAGACCAAGGCCACGGACAACAACGCCAACGAGACUCCGCCUCCUCCUGCGCAGGAAUAAUUAGCAUAUAAGAACACAAAAGAGACGUUGGACUCCAUCUUGGCGUGUUCCUUAAAGACACCAGCAGUUGUUGUCCCUCCCAACAAGCUUUGCCUUGCUGGUCCUGGUCCAGGUCCAGGUCCUAGUCCAGGUCUUCAUUCAUCUCAGUCCUAGUGCCUACUUUAGUCCUAACUUAUUCUCCUAGUAGAAGAUCUUUUCUUUUCUUUGGUGCCUUCUUUCACUCCCUUGCAGCUCCUGUCCUGUCAAAUGUACUCUUUUAUGUCUUUCAAUCAUUUAUGUCCACUUAUUUCAAUAAAACACACUCAUCAUUUCAUAUAUUUGAAUAAAACACACUCCUCAUUUCAUGUAUUUCAAUAAAACACACUCCUCAUUUCAUGUAUUUGAAUAAAACACACUCCUCAUUUCAUGUAUUUGAAU